GUGGAUUGGAAGCCGAAUUCGUGUUUCGUUGCAGAAGCCUCGUUGUGUCGCCUAGGUGAUUUAACGAGACAUGGAACACUUGAAAUUGCUGGCAGAAAAGCUAAUGCCUCAAAAUUGACUCGAAGACUUUUUACUGAUACGAUGUUAUCUUUAUCUGGAUCCCAUUCACUAUUUGGCAAAAGUUUAGUUAUUUAUGAUGAUCAUGGUCCAGUUGCGAGAGGAAAUCGAUUAGCCUGUACAAUUAUUGGUGGCGUUUACCGGCGUAAAGCGGUUGUCAGAAAUUGGUUUGGUAAUGGUGAACAAAUAUCCUUAAGAGGAAAAUUGGAGUUAUGGCAACAGACUGAAUAUGAUAUCACUAACGUAGAAGUAUCUCUCGAAGGUCUCGAUGGAAAAAUGAGUGGAUAUCACAUACAUACGGCGUCUGUAGAAUAUGGUUUAGAAUUUCCAUGCGAAGAGACGUCACUUUACGAAUCCUGGAAUCCAUUAGAUAUCAAUAACGAUAUUCCAGCUGUAGAAGAAGGUACGCUGGAUCAAUAUAAGAUGGGUGAUUUGAGCGGAAAAUUUGGCACAUUAGAUAAUAAAAAGCGAUAUACAAUAACGUACAACGACACAAUGUUACCUCUGUUUGGCCCAAGGAGCAUACUAGGACGUAGUAUAGUUAUUCAUAAAAAGGAAAAAAAUUUAAGGUGGGCCUGCUCUACUAUAGAACGAGGAUAUUCUUUAGUUGAUGCUUAUGAGUUAAGUGCCAUAGCAUCAUUUCAUCAUCCACAAGGUUUUUUGUAUGGCUACAUAAGAAUGACGCAGCUUGUUUAUAAAGAUGGUAGUCAGAGUGAGACAAUAAUCGAAGUAAAUUUACGACAUCCUGGAAAGCAUAAUCGCAAUACUACCAGAAAUCAUAAUUGGGCUAUAUAUGUGAACCCUGUGGGUGUAGAUGCCGCGGUGAAAAUAAAGGAUACGCGAUGCGUAGCAGCAGGAUACACAUGGAAUCCCUAUUUCACACAAUUAGCCGAUCCAUUGAACGACGAUCUUUACAGAGAAGAAUGUGGCCCAGAUUUACCCCUUAGAUGUUAUGUUGGAGAUAUAUCAUCUCGUCUAGGCCCUAUUAAUAUUGGAGAAAAACGACAAAUAUUUACAGACCUCAAUUUUCCUCUGGAUGGACCGGUAUCCGCAAUGGGCAAAUCUAUCAUAAUUUUUGAUAAAGAUUUUAGUGGGACCAGAUUCGCCUGUACAAAUAUUGAGCCUGAUAAUAAUAUCGUUAAAUAUGCAAAUAUUAGGAAACCGCCGCGAUUUGUUGUAGCACAAUUCUUAGAGGAUGUAAGAAAAGUGAUGGGUAUUCCUGAGUGGAUGUUAUCCAUUGACAGCAGAAAAACCAGAAUUCUACAUAAUGGCGCAUGCAUUCAAUUUCUUUUGCAUUUCAAAGGUAAGUAUUGA